AUGGGACCGGGCUGGUUAAUCAACGUAUUUGAAGUGUUUGGAUGUUCGAUAUCUGGAAACGAGACCUCUAUCGAGGUUGUAAAAGGUGAAUUGGUGUUUAGAUUUAAAGACGGCGCAGCUCCUCUUUGGUGGAAGUGUGCUGAGCACCGAAGCCAUGGCCACAUUGACCACAUUGGGGCCAUAUGCCAGCACAUGCAUAAACGCAAAUCGAAUGAUCUUCCACCAGCUGUGAACUACCUUCUACCACAGUUAGUUGAACCGGUUAAGGAACUAUGUCGAAUAUUCAGUCAGCUUCACGGGAGGGAUUUGGGGUGUUUUCGGUGCCCAAACAUAGUGGCUGUUGAUCCGGGGUCGUCAAUCCAGAUUAAUGCUUCGUGGUUUGUGGAAAGCUUUGCCACCGACCACGUUGUCCAAAUUCAAGGCUGCAUCCUCUAUCGACAAGCUACUGCACGAGGCCAUCGGAUACCUGAGGUUGCCUACACAGGGGAUACGCGGUUUUCAAUAUUCACGGGACCUGCGCAUCCGGACCUUUUGCGGGUGAAACUGUUGAUAAGCGAGGCAACGUACCUCGACGACAGCCCUCGGUUGACGGAAAACGCCCAGAAGUACGGGCACGUGCUGCUUCGUCAGUAUGCUGAAAACGAGCAUCUUUUUCGGGUAAUUGAACUCCUUCCUUUGGCAUUCCUUGGUGACACGAGUCAGGUCGCAAGUGCGUUUAACCCCUUCUUGCCUGAGGGUGAUCCUCUUGUCUGA